AGUCUGUGACUGUAUUUAGGUUGGCUGCCGAGUCCUUGAACAUGGACCAAAAACUCGAAGCAAAGUUACAGUAAAUCUCAUUCUGUGACCGCCGUGCGUUUUAUGGAUGGUACCCACAGCAGCCAGUGGUUCUAGCACCACAGAUGCUGCCCGUCCCGUUGACUAUAUCCGUUAUUACCACAACCUUGGGUGAAAUAGAGAUGGGAGAGUGCGGCGUUUAAAUACACGAAUCCCACCGCCCUCAUUUGGUGAAUACUUUACCCCCUAGUGACAGAAGGCGCCACCUCCUUUAAGCGGGCGGGACGAGAGGACCGGGACAUAGUGUGUGUGAGUGCGCGGCCGGACAUCGCCACACACUGCGCCUUUAGGCGACUGCAACUUUACUCCGUUGACUGGUUGACGGCGGCUACAGCAGGAACUCUCGCCGGGUUCAUUAAAGAGACGUGCCGGCCACCAGCAUGGCUUCUGAUGCCAGUCACAUGCUCGAAGCAGCUUUGGAACAAAUGGAUGACAUAAUCGCCGGCUCGAAAGCAGUGGCAGAUUACUCCAAUGGGGUGUACGACAUCGCAUCCCCCAUCCCCCCCUGCUACCUGAGGUCCCUGCAGGUCUUGCAGCUGGUGGAUGACCUGCGGAUGGCGCUGGAGAUGAUGGGGAGCGAGCGCGAGAAGGAAGAAGUGCGGAGUCAGAUCCCCACCACCACGCUGCAGGCCGUGUCUAGCUGGCUGGAGCCCUACCCUGGCAAUCACCGCACGUCUGUGAACAAUGAGAGCUGCCAGGACCGACUGACACGUUUGGAGAGCGAUCGGGAGUGCCUGGUGCUACAGGUGAGUGUGCUCACGGACCAGGUGGAAGCCCAGGGGGAGAAGAUCAGGGACCUGGAGUCGUGUCUGGAAGACCACCAACUGAAGCUCAACUCAACCGAGGAGAUGCUGCAGCAGGAGCUGCUCAGCAGGACAUCUCUGGAGACCCAGAAACUGGAUCUGAUGGAGGAGGUAACAAGCCUGAAAAUCAAGCUGGCUGAAAUAGAGAAGGAUCAGUGGGAGAAUGAGGAUCUGCACAGGAGUGAGAACCUGCUCCGUGAAUUACAAAGGCUGAAGUCCAAGGUGGAGGUGCUAGAAAUUGAAAAGAUAGAGUACAAGCAGGAACUGGAUGCCACAAAGGAUGAAAUCCAAGAUCUACAGGAACAGCUCGGCGUAAAAGAUAUGGAGAUUGUGCGACUUCAGAGCCAACUAUCUUCCAGAGCUUCUGUGCAGAGUGAUGGCUCAGACCGAGAGGACGUGUACAGGAAGAAGCUCAAAGACAAACACCAAGAGGUGCAGAAGCUAAAGGUUGGACUGGACUCUCUCCUGGCUUCCAAUGAAGAGAAGGAUCUGAGGAUUGAGGAGUUGAGUCGCCUGCUGGUCCAGUGCAAAAUGAUGAAGCAGAUGAUGCUGAUGGUCCAAGGAUCUUCAGAACAAAUACACCUGGAGAGCAGUGAAGAGGAGCUGACUGUCUGUUCAACGAGAGCAACCCCCACCAAAAUGGAAUACGCUGAAGAAAUGAAACCCGAGCUGUCACCCAGAGUCCCCUCGUCACUGGCGGGAUUGUGUCCGACUCCUGUUGAGAUCGAAAUGAGAAGCGCCCAGCUUCAACCUGACAGAAACAUGUCUGCAGACGAUGAAAUUGAGGCUUCCAUGCAUUGGGUACAACCAAGACAUUCAUCUGCCAGCAUGGAGGAGCUGAACAGUAGUCGAACACAGAAGCAGCUCCCAGUCUGGGAAAACAAGGAACCAGCGCAGUCUGAGGGCAAGCCUUACUUGGACGACAGCAAAUACCAGACCCUCCCGGGGAAACUUCCGCCGUCCAAUCACUUGGCCAACUCUGACCAGUUCCCCCGGAGCCCAAGGCCGGCUUCAGGCCCAACAUCAACAUCAGGAGCUCCUGUAGACUGGGAGAGCGAGGCAACCAAUCUGAGAGAGGCAGAGAGAAGUGUCGACUCCACCCUGAGCUCGCCUGACCUCUCACCUCCCUCCUCCACCACCGAGGCAGACCAGUUCCCUUCGAUUUCCUCCGAGAACAAAAAGAACAAAGGACUCAAGAAAUUCCUGGGGAAAAUACGCAGGACGCAUUCGAGCUCGCUCCAGGACGACGACGAGGGCACAACGGAGUUCAAGAGAGGCGGACUACGAGCGACCGCGGGUCCCUGUCUGACACGGUCCGGGGAGUUCUCCGGUCUGCGGAUAGAUCCAAACACGCCUUUCCACCAGUGGUCAACGGACCAGGUGUGCGCUUGGCUUGAGGACUCUGGCCUCAGUCAGUACGUGGCGUUGGCCAGGCAGUGGGUAACAUCUGGGAAGAAACUAUUGAUGGCGACACCUCAGGAGCUCGAGAAGGAGCUGGGAAUCAAACACCCGCUGCACAGGAAGAAGAUUCAGGUGCUACAGAAGGCAGUGGAGAGUGGGCUGAACGAGAGCGCUGGGAAGCUUAACCACAUCUGGGUGACACGUUGGCUGGAUGACAUUGGCCUGCCUCAGUACAAGGACCAGUUCACGGAGUCUAGGGUUGAUGGCCGAGUGUUGCAGUACCUCACUGUGAACGACCUCUUGUUCUUGAAGGUUACCAGUCAGUUGCAUCACCUGAGCAUCAAGUGUGCCAUCCAUGUGCUACACGCCAACAAGUUCCACCCAAACUGCCUGCGACGUCGACCUUCUGAUGAGAAUCACACGACCCCUUCUGACGUGGUCCAGUGGUCCAACCACCGCGUAAUGGAGUGGCUGAGGGCUGUCGAUCUUGCGGAGUACGCGCCAAACCUCCGCGGGAGUGGAGUCCACGGUGGCCUGGUUAUAUUGGAACCACGGUUCAACUCUGAAACGUUGGCUUUGCUACUCAAUAUCCCGCCUCAGAAGACCUUACUUCGACGGCACCUGACCACGCACUUCAACCUGCUGAUCGGACCCGACGCUCAGCAGGAAAAGAGAGAGAUAAUAGAGUCCAGUAACUUCAUGCCCCUCAACACCACAGCCAAAGUGAAGCCAAAGAGACUCAGUUUCUCCCACUUUGGGAAUCUGAGGAAGAAGAGGCCCGAUGAAUGCACAGACUACCUUUGCCCGACGGACUCCAUGCAGCCAGCAGCCAAUGGCUCCCAGAGGAGCAGCGCGGGUCACCGAGGGAAGAAUGCCAUGGUGGAUAGGGGCCUGGGUCGGCCGGGCCAGGUGAGGAGCCUGGACUGAGGGCCGCGGUCCCAGCUGUACUGUCUGGCCAGCCUUGUCCCCGCAGCUCACUGACACCUUCUGUGAGCCUUCCUUCCACAACCUCAGGCCAAAUAACCAUUGUGUGACGGCACUAAUCGUUGGGCGACGAUAAC